ACGACUGUUGGAAAAACCGACGACGACGGCUAUGUGUUUACGUUAAAAUGGCGAAGUACUGAGCGGAGUGAGAAGAACAAAUUUCACUUGUGUAUUUCAUUGUGGUCUAAAACGGACCGCAAGACGCAGCCAGCUGCAGGUCGAAAUUCUGCUUCGGAGGGGCGACACAAAGGCUCCCUAAGUCGCUGACGUUCGGGACGAGUUGGAUUUGUGAUCCGGUUGGAGGAGAAGAUGUCCAACAUACAGCCGCCCUUCCGUGGGUCAGGGCAGCACAAGUCCCAGUAUCGUCAGCAGGCCAGAAUCUUCAGAGGCCACCGUAAUAGCCAACAGAAUGGCAACGCUUAUGCGGUUUCGAAUCCGAAGGAAACUUUCCUCUCGAAGAAUCACGCGAUCCGGCAACUUGAGAGCUUGAACCGACUGCGGGAGGACAACAGAUUUUGCGAUAUCAACAUCGUGGUGCAAGACAAAAUGUUUGCUGCGCAUUGGGUUGUGUUGGCAGCUGCCAGUCCAUAUUUCGAGGCGAUGUACCGAAUGAAUUUCAAAGAAACACAAACCAAUGAGGCUACCCUACACGAAAUCGAAGACCCGGACGUAUUCGAGCGGCUGCUCAACUUCAUAUACAAAGGAUCAAUCGAAGUCACACAGGAUAACUGCCAGUUCAUCCUGGCUGCGGCCAAUAUGCUUCAGCUCCCCGACGUUGUCGAUUUCUGCUGUAAGUUCCUGAGCAAAGAUCUGCAUCCUUCGAAUUGCGUUGGGAUUUUCCGAUUCGCAGAACUCCAUUCCUGCACCAAUCUCAAGCUGGACGCCAAACGUUUCAUCGAGCGGAGAUUCACCGAAGUCAUAAAAGAAGACGAAUUUCUACACAUCCCUCACUACACGAUGCUAGGGUUUUUAAAGAGCGAAGGUCUCAGCAUCGACAACGAGUACCAAGUAUUUGACGCACUCAUGACGUGGAUAACGUUCGACGUCGAAGAACGAAGACAAUACGUUUUCGAACUGUUACCCGAAGUUCGGAUCGCUGUCAUGUCGAGCAAGAAACUCGACAAGUACAUGGAGAAAUGUCCCGAUCCGCAGCUCCGCGAAGACAUCCGUUCGAUACUCGCGGACUACAGAAUCCAGUUGCGCAACAACGAGCCCAACUUCGAUGUGAGAACCCAACCUCGGAUGUGCGCUCGCAAAAGUGUCUACAUCAUCGGCGGAAACCACAUCGGCAAGAAUCAACGACACGGCGACGAUUCGGCGCUGGAACGAGUAGAGCGACUCGACACUUUCCGGGGUGUUUGGACCCAGGAGAAGAAGCUGAUCCAAGCCAGAAGUUGCCACGGCACGGCGAUCUUGGACAACCUGAUCUACGUGGUCGGUGGCGAACAGAAUGGCAUGAUCCUCGCCGAUACCGAGCUUUACGAUCCAAGUGCCAACGAAUGGCAAGCGCUCUCACCAUUGAAUCAACCGCGGACACUUCAUGGAGUCUGUUCAGCCGACGGUUCCUUGUUUGCUAUUGGGGGCAUCAUAGGGUCUUCUCAAACGGAUUCGAUUGAACGAUACAACCCCGUUGCUAACAGUUGGGUGCUUCUCGAGCACACCCUGACCGCGCCCCGUGCGGGUAUGGGAGUCGUGUCCCACGGCGGCUUGAUCUACAUCGCUGGAGGAGCAACUGAGAACGGUCGUGUUGUGAGUACAGUCGAGGCGUAUAACCCUGUCACCGGAGAACUGACGCCUCUGGCGUGCAUGAAGAACUCUCGCUCAAACAUGGGAAUCGCUGUGCUGCAUGAUUACAUUUACGUCGUUGGCGGAAUUGGCGUCCGAAGUCAUUAUAUGACCUCGGUGGAAAGAUACUCAAUCAAAGACAACCUAUGGUGUGAUAUUUUGCCAUUACGACGGGGCCGUACCGGAUGCACCGCUGCCGCCGUUGACAACAAGCUGUACGUGAUCGGCGGCCGAGUACCCCCGUCUGAUCCCAGCUACGCCGACAGCACGCUCGACACCGUGGAACUGUACGAUCCCGAGCGCAACAAGUGGAUGGAUUCCAACAAUACCCUCCCAAUAAGCCGCUGCGAUGCGGGAAUCACCGUCAUGUAAAUAGUAGUCGACCUACCUAAUUGAUUGAGUGAGGCCGCCGGAAGAUUCGUCGGCGCCGUCAUAGUUCUUGAAGCAGCACCCCAGUGCUCGAAUUGGAACUCGUCUUACCCACAAAAAUUGAGCCCCCACGUCAGCAGCAUCAGACGCGUAGCGUGCUUUCAACUCUCACGGAAAAGCAUAACAAAUCGAGACUAAUUUCACGUCGAUCAUGGGACGCGAGCGAACAUGUACAUACUUACAUAUCCAAAUUAGGAAGCAAAUUUCUGCCUGGAGGAAACUCCCGCCCGGAGAGAAGUUUCUUUAGAUUGUAGACACGACUACCAACUGAUUGUACUUAGCGCAGCCAGACAAGUAGACGACAAUCUUAGCCAGAAUAGAAGGGAGAUUUCUUUUUGUGAAUCCGCCAUGAUUUCACCCUCUCACGGCUUGCCUUACUGAGCGGUUCGCGCCUAGUUCGACUCGGUUCGAGGCGCUAGUCGUUUGCGAUAGGUUAUCAUCAUUAUUAAUAAUUAUUAUGAUUAUAAUUGUAUGACAGCUACGAUAAUUUGUACCAUCUCGAUCAUCUAAGGCUCUGUGACUGUAAACUCAAACCUAGGAAAUACACCCUCUUUGAUAUUGUACUUCAGCCUCAGCUAGCACCUGAGAGCGCCACCUGUCCCGCACCACUAUUGGCUAUUCAAUUCAUCAUCGAAGAAUUUAA